CUCUCUCUCCCUCUCUCUCUCUCUCUCUUUUAUAUACGCUUCCCUUCUUUUGCAUUUUCAAAAUUCUCCAUAAUCUGCAUUGCAUAUCAUUCAUCUCUUAAAUUCUAGCUUCUCUCUCGACUCCUCUGAAUUCUCAGAUUGAAGAAUAAGUAAAAGGGUAUUUGGGUCUUUUUAUGAUAGAUUUGAUCCGAUCUAAUUGACCCUCUUUACAUUCCUUUUCUUUCUGUACUUAUUCUUGCUUUGGAUUUCAUGUUUAUGCAGGCUUCUUAUUCCCCUCUUUUUGUGUUUAUUUGCUGGUAAUCAAUCCAUAAUAAUAAAAUAUAUGUUGUGCUUGUUCUCUUGUUUCUUGUUUUCUUGCUUGCUUAUAUUAUAUAUUCUAUAUCCCAUGAGCGGAUCCGUGUCCAUUUCCGUUCUGUAAUAGUAGGGCCAAAAAUUUUAGCAUCUUUAAGCUAAGUUCUUAACUUGUAGUUCUUCUUCUUCCUUAUCUUACUUGUCUUUAUAUCCUUCUGCUGCUUAAAGUUGACUAUUCCUGCAGUAAUUAACUUGCUUCUUUUUAGCUCAAGUUGUACAUCUAAAUAUUUAGCCAAAUGACGCCUUUUUUUUUUAAUGUAUUCUUUGUCUUGUUGUUCGAUGCACAUUUCACAUUUGUCCUUCCAUGUCUUAUUUUUGACAGACAAACAGGCCAGACUAGCUCUGGUUCCACAAGUGUCUUGGCUCUUAUGUUAAUGGGAUGUUUCUCAUAUCUAGUUGUGUAGCUGAGCAGGAUCUAGUAAGAAAUGGCGGCAGCCUUAACUGCUUCAUCUAUCAUUUCUUAUUCUGGUAUUGCAUAAGAAUGGGUUUUGAUGUAAAAUGACUUCCGCGAAAACAUUAUAAAUGAAAGCAAUUUGAAGUUUUAUUUUGUUUAGGCAUCAUAUAGAGAAGUUAAUGGUCAUGGAAAUUAGUGAAAUUACACAACUUACCUCGUUGAAGUAUUUUGUAGAACUUACCUUUUGUUGUUAAACCAUUUCUAGAACUUGUUUUGCUCAAUUUACUCCCACAAUUAUGCAAUAUAUCUAAUGUGUGCCUACGUAUUUUUCUGGUUGCAGAUGGUUUAGUCUCAUACUCCAACAAUACGGUCAAAGUUCAAGGUUGAACCUAUUUGGUAUCUAGCAAUAUCAGAAUUACAGGCAAAAGCCAACACUUCGAUUGAUUACAUUUAUAUAUUUGGAGGAAAAUGGUCAGUGGUGCAAGUGCGCAGAUUCGAUUGGUUAGAUGUCCUAGAUGUCUGAAUAUCCUUCCUGAGUCGCCAGGUGUUCUUGUCUAUAAGUGUGGUGGCUGUGGCACACGCCUCCGAGCAAAAGCUCAAAAAGAGAAUGCCAAAAGCACAACAUCUGGAUUACCUGAAACCGAUGCUUCAGAGAUGGAUAAAUUGGAUCAUGUUUCUGAUAAAAAGGAACAUAGCAGCUUAAGUCAUGAAAUUGUUUUUCAUUCUGUAGGGGAAUGCUCUUCAAACCAAAAUAAUGGGAGGGAUCAAAUCGAAUCCAGCUAUUGCAACGGUGACAAGCUCACAGGCCUGUACUUACCAAAUGAAGAUGGAAACAAUGUAAGCAAUCAAAAUGGAUAUGAGGAUUUUGAUAGUGAGCAGCUUGAAGACGAAAACUUAUCAAAUGCUGGCCAAAAAAGUGGGAGUGAUAAAAAUGAAUCUGGGAUUUGUGACAAUGAGCAAGACAAAGUUGUUAACUUAUCAGAUGAGGACCAAAACAAUGGCAGUCAUCAAAAUGAAUCUACGGCUUGCAAUAUUGAGCAGCAUGGAGUUUCUAAUGAAGAUUGUUCAUCAAAUGAACCUUCUCAUCUUGAAAAUGGUAAGCUGCCCAAGUCUCCAUUAUCAGGAACAAAUUCAGAAGUUGAUGUUAAUGAUGAAAGCUUACUACUAGCAGCAAAGCGAAAGGUUGAAACAGAAGCAGAUGCUAACAAUGAGAGUGAUUCUUCUAUGAGAAGAUCAAGCCAUGGGGAGCCGGUUGAUAUAAAGGGAAGUACUUCAAUUGCCACUGCCCAACAGCCAGCAAAAGAAAGCAUUUCAUUUGAUGUCUUUUUAUCUUCACCUAAUGAACUUCUAGAGCAGCCUCAGGAAAGCGCUAACCACGGCUCCGACUGUGUAAUGUCUACAGAUGCAUUUGAAAACACAGAUUUUUUCACCCCCAGCUCUGAGCUUAGUGAUUCUCUUAUAGAUUUGUCCAAAUCCCCCACAACCAGAAGCUCGCGUGCUUAUUAUGAUGAUGGUGUCUCUUCUUAUGAAGGAACUGAUGAUCAAUUGCCUGAUCGACACAAGCAUUCAUCUAAACAUGCUUAUAGGUCUGCUGCUUCUGAUGUGAGGCCCAGAAGGGAAAGAUUCCUAAUCAACAGCAAUCGUGAAACACAUCAUCAUUUCAGGAAUUCUGCAUCAAUUCUGCCUGAGAGGACACGUUAUGCCAUGAAAUCUAGCAAGUUGGAUCGGGAUGAAUUGCUGGAGCCCACACGACUUGGCCAUUCAGGUAGAAACUGGAGAAGAUUAGCGAGACAUGAAUAUCUGUCUCAGCCGUCUUUUCAUGGAGGGGACUCCCUUGCUGGAUAUGAAAGUGGCAGUCCUUCCAAUCACAAUGAGUUCUAUUAUAAUUCAAGCUUUCCUGCACAAGACAAGCCUCUGUACGCUGAGCAGGAGAAGAUGAAACUGUUAAGAAUGGUUUAUCAUGAGUUGCAGGAUCAACUUAAUAAAACAUCUCUAAAUGACAAAACAAAUGGAGUCACUUGGAAAGAUGAUUAUUUUCGCAUGAACUAUGGUCGUGAGGUCUUACAGGAGGAAGGUUUCCAUAACUUAAUCUAUCCUAGAUUUCCUGGAAAACUCAGAGAGGAUAGUAAUUGGUCUCAACUGAAGAAACACUCACGAUCACGAAUGCCUUUCUCAGCAGAGGCAACAACCAGUAGACACCAAGUUGAUCAUUCCUUCUGCUGCAGUCCCCAAGAGUGGCAGUGCACAGCACAAUUUCCUCGACCUGGCCUUCGUCACAAUAAAGGGUUUGGUAGGGUACACUCUCAUCUCGGCCUUUACAAUUCCUAUGGCUCUUGUCCCUCGAGUCCUCAAUGGCAUGUGGAGUCUCAGUUUCCUAUACAUAGUCGAGGAACAAAGUCUGAUGAACAGAGGUAUAGAAAUAACGAGGUGAAGAGGUACUCAAGGGAGAAACAUCACUUGGCUAAGCGACGCGUCAUGCCCAUUGCAGGUGCAGCCCCUUUCAUAACUUGUUAUUGUUGCUUGAAACAGCUCCAGCUGCCUGUAGAUUUUCUCCUCUUUAAAAGGAGGUGCCAUCAGCUAAAAUGUGGUGCUUGUUCAAAGGUACUCAAGUUUUCACUUCAAGACAGAACUCAUCUAAUCCCAUGUAUGCCAAGUGCUGAAGCACCUCCACCAAGUGAGGCUGACGAGUGUAGCGAUGCUAUUCAUCAGGGAAACUUCACUUCCACAUCUCAUGUCAGUGGUCCCUGUGCGGAUUGUGUGUCGUGUUCUGAUGAUUGUGGACGCUCCUUCUGCAAAAGCUGUUCCACUGAUAGGAAUUCUAUUUCCCUGAAACCAUUUCAUGCUAUCCACAGCAAUGAUGUUCAAAGAAAUGUGCCACAUGUUUCACUCGAGAAUAUUGAAGACAGAAGGAAGUUUGCUCUGAAUGAGGCUCGAAACAAAGGUAAGUAUCCUGUGCAAACAUAUGAAUCAGCAGGCCCUUCUUCUAGUACGUCCAAAUCAAAGAAAGUAUCCUCAGAAAUUGAGGAGCUGCCAGCAGCAGGAGGAAGAGGAAGAGGCCCACCACUUCAGAGACUAAUGGGUUAUUACUCACCGAGCGAAAUGAUGUAUGGUUGGAGACCAUCUGUUCCAGCGACAACCUCAUACCAUCCAGAAAUGUAGAGGAACUGAGAGAUAAUUCUUAUGAACUGGUGGUUUGUAUUGCCCUCCAACCAAAUCCAUGGUAUCAUAAUUACUAAAGCUUACACUUGAAGAGAUUGCUUUUUCUUUUAAAAUCCAGGUGAGAGAGGCCCUGAGAGUCUGGAGUAUAUAUUUUUAGUUGUAGAAACUAGCAGAUGUUUCCACUAUGAUUAUGAUUUGUUUAUUUGUAUAGAGUAUUAUUGAAUAUGAAUAUGAAUAUGAAUUCCGCAUACUAUUUUCCUUA